AUGGUGAAUAAGGUCUGUGCUGAGGUUGCCAGCGAUGAAGCUUUCGUGUCUGGCGACAUUGUACCUGUGAAGGUCGUACUAGAAAUAGAAGACCCUAUAGUCAUCCAAAAGCUUGCCUUGACUCUUCUGGGAUAUACAAUUACCAGGUCGUUUGAACAACCCAAGCAAAGUGAAUGUCUGUCAAGCUCGUUAGCACAUGCCAAUGACUACUGUCAAAGGUUUCUACUUAGAGUGUUUGAGCUUUCCCUCGAUUCAGAGAUCCAGUUGUCUCCGGGCAGAUAUGAGAUAGAAAGCCGUGUAGAGGUUCCAGAUAAGAAUUCUAUUUGUGAGAGUAUCAUUAACAUGGGUAAGAGCUCUGAGAAUGACGAAGAAGAGGAACAGCCUCAUGAACCUAGUUUCUUGCUACCACCUUCGUUUAUCCACGAGACAGAAGAAGGAGACUUUAUUGCCAUUUCAUACUUGAUCCUUCCCCUUGUCAAUGAAGAUGCAGCUGCCGAUCCAAUGUCAUCAAGUCUUGAUCCAAAAAUUACAUACUCCCUGUGCCAGGUGAAGAUAACUCCAUCCAAGACAACCAUCCCACCAGAAUACUUGACUGAAUUCAGUGAUUUCUGUCUGAUAGAAACAGAAAAACCACAAGAGCUUGUUUGGAAGGCCAAAGUUGAUGCUUUUGGCUUGGAUAGUUCAGAUAUUUCUCUAGGACUGAGGUUGACUGCUUGUGCCUUCUUCAGGUGCUACCCCAUGAAAUCACAAGGUGAUGUCCGUCUAACAAGGUAUCUUGCGCCUGGAGAUAUGCUAAACCGAAGCGUCAGCUUUUCACUUGGCUUAUCAUUUCCCAGAAGGACAGUGGGUCUCCCCGAUAAGAUAAAAGUACACUGCCACACACUCAAGUCAAGGCUUGUGGAACAAAUUGAGUACCCUAAAGUUACACACAAAGAAACAGACAGCCGUCAUUCAGAAGACAGUCAAGGCAACGCUGCCAAGGAUAUCAUUCUCAGUACAACUGUUGUAAAGACACACGAGAUGAUGAACCAGCAAAUUAACAAGGCGGCCACUUUUGAAAUUUACCAUAUUUCCCAAGAAGACGAAAACGACGGUAAGCAAUGUCAUUACAUUUUCCAAUGCCCAGCCAAGUGGUUUGAGGUUAUGGUGCCCCAGACGUUCAGCACUUUUGCUACGACUGUUCUCUCUCACCAUUACACUUUGGUAACAGACUUUACGUUUCUGACGGUUGAUGAUCCAAAGAGUUUGGUGACAGUAAGUGUUGCUGCUGACGUUUUCGUUAACGAUGAUUUUUCAAAAAAUGAUAAAAGUUGA